UGGCCUGUGUGUAGGGCCUCUGUUCGCCCCUCCCUGGCUCUGGGCUCCCAGGCUCCUGGGCUGACCUUGGCGUCUCCAGGAAACGCAGAGGCGCCCAGCCCGUAGUCAUGACAACAGGGCAGGGCCUUGGCGCCGCUUUAGGAUGAUUGACGUCGGGGAUCUGGUUCUGGCUCCAAGCCAGGCAUCCAAAGGCACAGGCUCGGGAUUAACCCCUCAGGGCUGAGGGUUAGAGGGCUGGCAGGGUUGGGGUUACCCAUCCACCUGGUCACUCCCGGGCCUGGACCCCCUAGGAGUCCAAGCCCCCCAUGCCUUCCGACUGGGAAAUGACUUGGUGCCGGCUUGUGGCCAAGAGGGGGGCUCGCCUCCCUGCGGGUGGACAGACCCAGGACUCAGGGGUCCCCUCUCCCCAGCCCAAGGCCACACCUGUCCCCGAGGGGCCGUGGUGUUCAGUGCGGGGUGUCGGCCUCCAGAAGGGACUUGGUUUUGGGAACUGGGCCAGAGAGGCCUGUGACCAACCCCUCUUGGGCACCAGGCUUUGCCGUGAUGGGCAUGCCCACAGGCGGGUACAUGUGGGACUUGGGACCAACCGGCAGCGCCAGCCCGCCCGCCCUCCAGUCCCUGCCUGGAGCCCCACGUCUAGUACCCCGGUUUGGUUCCUCCACUUGGGGAAGGAAGGUGGGGCCUGGGGACACGUGUUAGGGGUCCACUGAGCUGCCAGCAAGCCAGGGGACAUGGAGCUGGGGUGGGCUGCAGGGGCACCGACGCAGGUGACCACCUGCUGCUUGGGCCUGUGCCAGCUGGGGAUGGGAGCUGGGUCACAGUCCUUCAGCGGGGACUCCAGAAGCCAGGGUCCCCGGGGUGGCCCGAGGCUUGCCAGGGCUACUUCACUGGGCUGGGGUAGGGCAGUGGGCUACCUGCCUACAGAGCCCACGCCCUGUGAGUGGAUGGAGGGUCACAGCCUGACCAGCUGGCAGCACAGUUCCCGCAGCCACCUCCCGAGGAGAUGGACAGGCUGGGCAGGAAGUGUCCUGACCUGGCCUUAGAGCAUCCCCACCUUUGCAGAGCGCUGCUGCCACCCCCAGUCCGGUGAUGGGGACCAUGACCCCGAGCGAUGUGAUGACCUCAGGCCCCAUGGGGCCUGGCUUUUUCCAGCCUUUCAUGUCACCACGGUUCCCGGGGGGCCCCCGACCUGCACUGAGGAUGCCCAGUCAGCCUCCUGUGGGGCUCCCCGGCUCCCAGCCCCUGCUCCCCGGCACCAUGGACCCCUCCCCACGCAUGCAGGGGCCGAGCAUGGGCGGCCCGAUGCAGAGGGUGACACCACCCCGCAGCAUGGCCAGUGUCGGGCCCCAGGGCUACGGAGGUGGCUUGAGGCCCCCGCCCAACGCCCUCGCCGGCCCUGGCCUGCCUGCCAUGAACAUGGGUCCAGGAGUGCGGGGCCCUUGGGCCAGCCCCAGCGGCAACUCGGUGAGUCCCGGCAGGAGUGGGUGUGGC